AUGGAUUUCGCGGCUUUGAUGAACAAGGAGCUCUCAAAGAGCAAGAAGGGCUCAGGCAAUGACGAAAAGAAGUACCUAAAACGAUCGGAAAUCGAAGCGCAAAGAAAAGAAGCCUACCUUGCCGAACAAAAAGCCAUUGAGGCCGAACGCCAAGCUAAAGCCGCCGCCAAACGCAAACGAGAAGAAGAUGCCGCCACUGAGAACGCCGCACGCGAGGAGAAGCGUCGCAAACUAGCUGAAGAUAUGCGCAGGAGGCGCGAAGAGCAAGAUGCCGAAGAAGAGCGCGCCCGAAGGAAGCGACUUGGUUUACCCGAAAUGGUCAAGGCUAAGAGUGAAGAUGCUGAGGAUGGCGUUCACGCGAGCGACGACGUUCCUGAAGAAGAACUUGUGGAAAAGCUGAGAGGAUUGGGCGAACCGGUUGUCUUGUUCGGUGAGAGCCACGCUGCGAGGGUUAGAAGAUACCGCAGAUUGACGACAGUGGUCUCGAAGGGACCUAUUCCGACAACGCUAGAACUUGUGGACGAAAAAGAUAUGAAGGUCGACAGCGAGCUGCCGAAGGAUAAAGAAGGCAGGAAGUGGCUGUUUAGACAGCUGGCGAGCUACUUUACGAUGGUUCUCACAGAAUAUGAACGUGCUAUGGAGGCCGAGAGACGAGAUACAAGCGCCAGUAAAAUAGCAUACAAUGCGAUGGUGCAGACACGAGAGAACAUGAAACCGCUUUUCCGCAAAUUUGAACAGGGUGAGCUCGACGACGAUAUUCUCAAGCCUGUCAUAGAGAUUGUCCAAGCUCUUCAGGAGCGUCGUUACGUCGAUGCCAACGAUGGAUACCUGCGUUUGAGUAUUGGCAAGGCAGCAUGGCCCAUUGGUGUUACCAUGGUUGGUAUCCACGAGCGCAGUGCUCGCGAGAAGCUUCACAAUGGAGAGAAAGGCCAUGUUAUGGGUGAUGAGGUUACACGCAAGUAUCUGCAGAGCAUCAAGCGUUGUCUCACCUUUGCGCAAGUCCGAUGGCCACCUACAGACUUGCAACAGUUGAUGGGCUAG